AUGGUAUUUCCUUGUAUCGAACCCUCCACUGGAGGAGAGCUCUGUUUUAUCUCAUCUACCCACGGUGACCUCCGAGCCUCUUGCAAUCCUUUUGGAAAGGUGACCAUGCAGCGUGCGUGGAAAGGUUGGGAGGUUUGGAGAUUUGUCAGUUCGGCGGAUCGAAGUGAUGGAUCCUUCUUCAUUUCCUCGUGGACUCACUCUCAGUUCUACUUGUCGUCCCAUCCGGGAGGAAAUGUCUUCAGCUCAAAGGAUGAAAAAAACAUGGAGCUGUGGAAGGUAGAGAAAGUAGGCAGUGCAAGUGGAAAUGCUGUUCUUCUUCGUUCGCUGAAGCAUGGUCGUUUGUUACUAUGCCAAGAUGGGCACUUGUCCACUGUCGAGGGUUCGUCAUGUGGAUCACCGGAUAGGUGCCUAUGGAAUAUCGAAACUGCAAAUCUGGGAAACUUCUUUCUUCAUUGCAACGAGAAGGACAAACAGAUUGGAUGUCCGAAGAGCGUCGACGAGACACCUCUCUUGACGGAGCAUCGGAAAGAUUGGGAAGUAUGGCGUUUGUACCUUCGAUGCGAAAACAAACAACUUUGCCUUGCAGCAGAACCAGGUUCUGAAACAUGGUCCUUGGUGAAUCAUGAAGGAUUGAUUGCAAUUGUUUCCUCAUCCGGAGGAUAUUUGGCUUGUUGUUCUGAAGGUCGCUUCUUCAUUGCCAACGAGCUGGGUGAUACGCCGCCUUGUACCUCAUGGAGGCUUGAGCCUAAAAUGCCGAGUACCCUCAGCGGCAAACAAAUUGGUGGUCUAGUUGGAGGAGGUAUUCUGACAUUGGGUCUAGGUAUUGCCAUGCCCUUUGCCAUUGUUGGCGCUAUCACUGGCAUGGGAUUCACAACUGGUGGAAUUGCUGCAGGCAGUGCAGCCGCCGGUAUGAUGUCCGCUGAGGCUAUUAGUUUGGGCGGAGCCGUUGCAGCUGGUGGGACAGUGGCGACACUUCAAUCUAUUGGAGCAGUCGGAUUGGGAAUGGCGGGAACCGCAGCCGCAGUGUCUGGUGGAGCCUUGGUCGGCGCUGGAGUUUCUGCAUCGGCGCUUGGUGCUAGCGGCAUUAUGAACAAUGAAGCGUCUUCUGAGGCUGGUGUUGCUGCUUCCGACAAUUUGGUGGAUGCAGCAUAA